UUUGGUCACGUAAAAUAUUGUUAUCCACUGUUCCUGCUCUGCUCAAGGGGGAAAGGGAAAAGAAAAAGAAAAAAAAGGAAGAAGAAAAGAAGGAAGAAAUUCCUGUUUGUGUUGGAGAUGCAGAUGGAAUCUUGAGCUAAAAGAAAAAUGCCUCCUUUUCCCCCUUUCAUCAGCUGUUCUUAGUCUGUUACCUCAUUGUUUUGGAAACCGCGUUUAUGUUUUUUUCUUUUGUUGGUAAACUGGUAGAAGCUUCAGAUUCAGAUAAACUUUGGGGGAUGAUUCAUCAAUGGGAGGAAAGAAUAACUGCUUCAAUCUUCUGAAGAGAAAGUUGUUUGGUUCAGGUGCGGACGUCAAGCCAAAAGAUAAUUGUGGGAAAAAGAAGGACAAGGAGAAGGGAGAAUGGAUUUCUGGGAGGUUAAAAACGAGCUGCCCACCUUCGAUAAAAGGCCCAAAGCUGCUAACGCCGCCAACCACAGUACUGGGUAAAACAUUGACUGAAGCAGAAGAAGCACAGAGCAAGCAUGCAGUGGCUGUUGCCAUAGCAACAGCCGCCGCUGCUGAGGCUGCUGUUGCUGCUGCUCAGGCCGCCGCUCAGGUCGUUCGUCUAACUGGAAGUAGCGGAUCUUACCACCACUUGGAGCUCUCGAGAAGAGUAUCGGCUGCAGUCAGAAUUCAAUCUGCUUUCAGGGGUUACUUGGCAAGGAAGGCAUUGCGUGCACUGAAAGGAUUGGUGAAAUUACAGGCACUCAUCCGUGGACAUAUGGUUCGCCGCCAAGCACAAAAUGCUUUUAGGAGUAUGCAGGCCCUUCAGAGAAUCCAAUCACAGGCAUGUUUCAGAAGAGUAAAAUUGACAGAAGAGAAUAAGAUCUCCGAGCAGAAACUGAAGGCACAAAGACGCUUUGAGAUUGAUAGAAGCGGUCAAAAAAGAUGGGAUGGCAGCCGAUUGACAAAGGAACAAACUGAGGUCAUGUUCUUAAGUAGACAAGAAGCUACAUUCAGGCGUGAAAGAGCCAAAGAGUAUUAUCUAGAUCAUCGAGAUAAGAAGGUUGUCCAAAAACCAACUACUUCAGCAUCUUCCAUUCCACGACAUUCAAACAAUGAAACCGUUGAAUGGAACUGGAUAGAGCACUGGAUGGAUUCUCAGUCAUACCAGAGGGGCUCAGAGAGUUCAUCAGCAUCAAGUUUUGGCCAAAACCCUGUCUCUGAGAAGCGGAUUACAGAAGCAAAAGCUGGUUUAGAUACACUAUUUAAAGAAGAGAUACAAAGCAAAUUCAGUGCAAGAGAAUUGCAGAACAAAAGGAGAUUGAUCAGAUCACAGUCUCCAACUAAUAAUACACGAAAAUCAACUCAAAGAACUAUGAUUAGAGAUGACGAAUCAUAUGCAAGUUCAACAGCUUCUCUCCCGAGUUAUAUGGUCUACACAGAGUCCGCCAAAGCGAAAGCUAGGUCAAACAGCACCCCCAGACAAAGGACAAGUACAUUGACAGGUGAUUCUGACCACAAGUCAAUUAACAAAAACUGUUCCUUUGCCUCUCUCAGAAGUGAUGCAAGUAGCACAAAGCUCAAACUGAACUUUAGCUCUCAUCCGAGAUCUCCGGCUAUGAGAGGCCUACCUGGUCCUGUAAAGUCAGACAGGACAAUCACUUCCAUAAAAGAUCUCAGCCUAGACUCAGAUUGUUCUUUUCUGAAUUUGGAUCGUCAAAGGGUUUUCAGAUGACUUGAACAUGGGACAGGAGAGGUCUGCAUUCACCCCUGCCUGGACUGUCGACUUCCGUCUUUUAUUUGGUUCUAACAAUCCUGUCUGUCAAGAAGUAAAGAAACAAGUGAUUCUUGACCAUAAGAUCGAUGGAUUUGCAGACAACUUGUACGGUGCUUAAAGAUUGGGCCGAGUGACUAGGACCCAGAUGAAGAAAUCCUGUACUGGUUCUGGAAACAGCAUGGGUUUCCUUUUUUAUUCUAAAUAACCCCAUUUGUCUGUUCAUCUCAUUUACAGGUUUGGCUUGUUUUGCGUAGUGUCUGCUGGUUGGUUGUCUUGACAUCCAAUGUGUAGUGUGUUGUGCAGCGCACGACAAAGUGUUGUUUUCUGCUGAUCAGUAUUUUUCACCAAUUGUAAUGAAAAUAAUUCUCCCUUC